AUGCACCUCUCCACCCUCCUUACCGCCGCCAUAGCGGCCACCCCAGCUCUAGCCUACAGCAUCAACGACUUCGCCUGCCGCAGCACAACGCACCCUAACCCCGUCGUCCUCCUGCAUGGCCUCGGCGCCACCUGGUACGAGGACCUGAACUACCUGCAAGGCUGGCUGCAAGCGCAGGGUUACUGCACCUACGCGCAAACCUACGGCGCGUACGCGGGAUUCCCGUUUCUCGGCGGGCUGCGAAGCAUCAACGAGUCCGCGCCGGAGAUCGCCGCCUACAUCCGCGAAGUGCAGGCAGAAACCGGCGCAUCCAAGGUUGACCUGGUCGGCCACUCUGAGGGGGCGUUCCAGUCACUGUACGUGCCGAAAUUCGAAGCCGGCGUGUCGGAGCUAGUGGACAAGAUCGUGGCGAUCGCGCCUCCGACGCGCGGCACCACGUUCAUCGGGCUGUAUAACCUGGCGUAUUUGUUUGGGAAUGCCUCGCGCGAGGCUGUCGGCGAGGUGCUGGACACGCUGGGCUGUCCGGCGUGCGAUGAGCUGGGGCCCGAUGGCGCGGCGGUGGAGCGGUUGAAUGACGGGACGCCGAUCGUGCAGGACGGAAACAGCUUGACAGUGAUUGCGUCGAAGUCGGAUGAGAUGGUCACGCCGACGACGACGGCAUUUGUGCAUGAGGAUGGCGUGACGAAUGAGUGGGUGCAGGAUACCUGUCCGUUGGAUCCUGUGGGGCAUAUUGGUGAGGCGUAUGAUCUGAAUGUGUGGAAUUUGGUUAAAAAUGCCUUGGACGAGACCCCGGAUAGAAAGUUUGUGUGUCUUCUGGGGUCGCCAGGGAAAUAG